CCGUGUAUGUAGAGACACUUGGCUGAUGAUGGAGAUAAAUAAUAAACUGUAUAAAAACAGAUAAAUAAUGACCAUAAAACUACACUAAAUAAAAUUACAUAACAUUUGAUUAAAGUAGAUUUAUAAGUAAAUGACGUCACAGAACGGACGGUGACCAUUGGCCAGUUGUCCGGGUUCAUGCGGAAGUGACGCAGGGACGCUAAAGAUGGCGUCAGUUUCAAACCGUCGCUGAUCAAAUGUUGAAGUAAGUGUUUAUUAAAGUUCACUACGAGCUCAUUUCUACGAUGAGACGAUUUGAAAUAUGGCGGUUGUAUCGUCACGUGCUGGUUAAAGUUGGUUUCGAGCAAACAAAGAUGUUAAUGUUGAGUAUUAACCGUGGAAAGGUGUCUCUGUGCGGGCUACCUCCCGUACAGGAACAGAAUUACGUUCGCAAAUGUGAAGACUUUAGCUUUGAAUGUUGACUGACAGAAACCACGGCGUGUUAGAACACGAGUGACCGGACUCAGCUCAUCUUUACGGCGGUGUGGUAAAUUCGGCUCACACUGGAUCUGCCCAACAGGUCUUCAAUGUGAUCAAAAUCUCAGCUGGAAGUUGUUGACACCUGUUGAGUGCAUCUGCUGGCAAGGCUUAUUAAACUCUCUGAAGCGGAGCGAUGCAGAGACAGCCUGGCCGGAGCCGGCGAGGGGAGGGCGGGCACAGCCAGAGGGGACCUGCGGUCACAUCUGCCAGGAGCUCCGAGGAGGAGAUAACAAGGUUGAAGGACAUCAUCGCCAUCAUGCAGCAGAAGGAGGAGCAGGCCGGAGGAGGAGGAGGAGGAGGAGGAGGAGCGGUGAAGGAAGGAGAGGUGGAUGAGGAGGAAGAGGUGCGAGACAGAGGAAGAGGGAGGGACAGAGGUGGAGGAGACGGAGGGAGGAGGAGUGGGAGAGGGAGGAGGGCGGUGUCAGAGGGGCGUGACGGAGGCGAGGAGCCGGGGAGGCUGAGGUGGAGGGUCAGCCAGCUGGAGAAGGAGAAACUGGAGCUGACGUCUCGUCACAACCAGGAGCUGUGCAGGCUGCAGGCGGAGCUGACCCGGCUCAGGUCGUCUGUGGAGCGAGGUGAAGCUCAGAGGGUGGAGCUCCAGUAUCAGCUGACCGUGAGCCAGAGAGACGCCGACCGAGCGGCCGAGCUCAGCAGAGACAAACACACCCUCACAGAGCGAACAGCUGAGCUGCAGCAGACUGUGCAGGAGCUGCAGAAAGCUCUGGACAUCACCCGGCAGGCCAGGGACCAGGACCAGCAUGCUCUGCAGCAGGAGGUGGAGGAGAGAGACAAACUGAUUCAGAGUUUCAGCUGCGAAAGCCAAAGACUGCACCGAGUCCUGCAGGAUCAGGAGGAGGCUCUGGAGGAGUCAGAGAGGAGGAUGGCGGAGGUGCAGAAGGAGAGGGAGAAGGAGGCGGAGGUGAACAGACGACAGGCCGACGAGCUGAAGUACCUGAUGGAGAGAGAGGAGAGGAGCAGGAGGGAGAGGGAGGCGUCGGAUCAGAGGGUGAGGUCUCUGGAGUCGAGCAUCGAGGCGGAGCGAGCCGCUCACCUGGAGUCCAAGUUCAACUCCGAGAUCGUCCAGCUGCGGGUGCGGGACCUGGAGGCGGCGGUGGCGGCGGAGCGGUCCGGCCACCAGGAGGCGCAGCAGAGUCUGGAGCUGCUCAGAGCCCAGUUCAGGGAGGUGGAGAGAGCUUACAGCCUGGAGAGAGAGAGGAGCGACGGCACUGAGCGCGCUCUGCAGCGGCUGCAGGCGGAGUACGAGCAGUGUAAGUCUGACCUGAACGUUGCUCUGGAGACUGAGAGGAAGACGACCUCUGACCUCUGUGAGAGGCUGGAGGAAGAAAAGAAACGACACGCCGACACACACUCACAGCUGGAGCGGGCGGCUCAGGCUCAGUCUGAUACUGAAGAAGCUCAUGUGGCCUGUUUGAAAAGCAUCAGAGAAACGCUCCAACACCACUCCACAAACACUGCAGGCUGUAGUCCUGCUGCAGAGCAUGAUGGGAAACAGAGUCCCUCAGCUGAGGUCCUGCAGCUGCUGAAGACGACGCUCAGCAGCUGCAGACACCGAGUGGAGGAGACGGAGCAGCAGAUCCAGGAUCUGCUUCGUGCGUCAGAGACGCUGCAGGAGGAGAACCAGACUCUCCGACAGCUGAGCUCCGAUCAGAGCAGACAGAUGGAGGAGUCUCGGCAGGUGGCGGUCAGACUGGAGGAGGAGCUGAGUCGCCUUCGGCAGGAGAGCUCUGAUUGGUCGACGCAGAGGAAGGAGAGGGAGGCGGAGCUUCAGAAGAUAACUGACGACUUCCAGAGAGAGUCCGAGGCUCAUCUGUCCGUCCUCCACUGUCUGUACCAGCGUCUUCUGGCCGGCUGCGUCCUCCUCGCUCAGCCCCACAGCAUCCUGGGUAACUUCACCCGGGAGGAGCUGUGUGAUGUCAUCAACGAGCAGGUCGACCAGCUGACCUCUGACCUCCAGAAGGCCAACGAGAAGAUCACCCACCUGCAGAGUGUGUGCGCGAAGAAGAGCGUGUGUGUGCGCGAGCUGCAGCGCAGCCAGGAGUGUGUGUUGUCUCGUCUGGAGGAGAGCGUGAGGAGGAGGGAGGAGGCCUGGAGCAGCCAACACACACACACUGUGACGCAGCUGCACAACCAGCUGCAGGUGAGUCGCUCUCAGUGCGACUCUCUCCGCGAUCGCGUCUCCUCCCUGGAGCUCCGCUGCUCCUCCCUGACCUCCGACCUCUCCCGGCUCCAGGGCCUCCUCUCCCGAAGCCGCAGGGAGUCGUCGUCCUCCCUGUCGGCCUGUGCGCUGCUGGCCGGGGUGCUGGACCACGCCCACCUCCGCCUGCGGACGCUGUGCGAGCAGAAAGCCCUCCUGUCCAGACGCCUGGCAGAGAGGGAGGCGCUGGAGGAGGAGGUGAGGAGGCUGGCCGACGCUCUGGGAGGGGAGGAGGAGGAGGAGGAGAGAAGGAGGAGCAGGGCGGUGAGGAGGUGGAGGAGGUGUGUGGGGGUGGUGCUGGCAGUGAGGAGGUGGCGUGCGCUGGCUAAAAACACAACCGUGUUGUUUUGGGUGGAGAGAGGAGGUGGAGGUUUGGCUGUGAGCGUCUGUGGAGAGUCGGCUACGGCAACACAGAAGGGUCAAGACUCAAGAGCAGAUGAAGACGACGGUGAAGGCGUCUGUUCUCGGUGGCUUCGCUCUAAAAGUCUCUCCUCCACCAUAAUGUCCUCCAUGGCCGACCUGCAGGGGGCGCUAACACACACUGGCUCCUCCCCUUCAGACGUGAAGUCAGCAGCUCGUUCCGCUUUGUCCCGCCUCCUCGAUCACCUUCUCCACCAAUCAGACGCGGCGUCCCGCAGAGUGGACGAGGACUCGCUGCACAGGCCGACGCCUCCACAGCCCAACACGAAGGCCCUGGUGUCCACCCUGCAGCAGCACUUCCUGCUCUUCAGCCAACGGCUGCACUCGGCCGAGGUGGAGAGGCGGAGCCUGAGGGUGGAGGUGGCCAGUCUGAGGAGAGGACUGCGACAGGAGAGGGAGGACACCUGCAGGACGGUCCCAGUGCAGCGUUUCCACAGUGUGUGUGUGGAGCUCCGUCAGGCUCUGAACAGAGAGCAGGAGGCUCAGACGCUGAUCCAGGAACAGACCGACCGGCUGCAUGCACUGCAGCUGAGAGCCGACACACACACCUCCGAGCUGACCAACACGCAACACACACUGACACAGACCACACAGGCUCUGUCGGAGGCUCAGCAGGAGGUGGGCCGGAAGGAGCGCUCGCUGAGGAUUCUGGGUAAACACCUGUCGGGCGUUCAGAGGGAGAGGAAGCAGCUGGAGGAGAGACUGCGGCGAGCGGAGGACGAGCUGAGGGACGCCGCCAGACGUAAAGAUCGUCUGAUCAGCAUCAUGAAGGCUGCGGAGACGAGCUACAAGGAGGUCAGGGAAAGUAUCGUCCAAUCACGGCGCUCGCUCUCAGAUCAGCCCCGCCCCCUGCCGUUACCCAGGGAACACCUGGAGCUGAGUGGAGCAGAGAGCAUCAUGGGAGCUCCUGAGCUGGCAGUGUGCCAGAGUCUUCUCUCCGUCGUCUCUCAGCUCUGUCACACCUGCAGCUCCAGGAUCGAUUGGUUGGAGCAGGAAGUCUCCGCCCACCGCAGUCAUGUGACCGCCCUGCGCAGCGAGCUGCAGGACGCCUGUCUCCGUGACAACCUCGCCUUCGUCCCCGUGACUGAGUUUCCUGAAACGUUCCCGUCGGCUGAUGUGGAAACACCUCCACCUGUUCCCGUCUCUGACCCACCUGUGUGUUUAAGCCCCGCCCCCUCCUCCCCCCUCUCUAAACCCCCCCGGGCCAAAACGAAGGAGAAGAAAACCACGAAGAAGAAGAGAGGACACGUGACGAGCGGCGGGAGGAGAUAGAUGCCUGUCGUUUUUACCUGUUCAUUAACACUGAACUGGAAUAUCCUGGAAUAUCCUGGAAUAUCCUGGAAUAUUUUCCAGACAGUUAAAAGUCUGGAGACAAACUCUGAUCAGAGAACAGUUUGAGGACAAGGAAUCUCUUUGACUAAUAGUUUUGGGAGGUUAUGGAACAGUCCUGGGAUUUUGUGUGUUUAAGGUCUUGGAAUCUCAUGGAAAGUCCUGGAAAGAUGUGACGUUGGCCGUUGACAAUCAAAACUUUAUUUAUAUGAGUUGUCAACUGUAGAAAACAAACAUGUUUUAACAUGGUUGUUUUUUUUUUUAACUGUCUUUCACUGCACACAGCUGGUUGGUGACAGACGUCUGAAGGCCAUAUGGUGUGUGUGUGUGUGUGUGUGUGUGUGUGUGUGUGUGUGUGUGUGUGUGUGUGUGUGUGACAGAUCAGCAGCUGGUUACUGUAUAAGUUACCUUCAGUAAAUAUUUCUACUCUACUUUUACUUGAACUGAGUUUCUUUCCGAAUAUUUAAUGUGAAUGAAUAUUUUUACUAAGUCAGAAACCAGGUGACUCUGAUGUCCCAUUAGAAACCUCCUGAGGGACCACGAGGACCUUGUAAAGGACCACUAAAACCUCCAAGACUCCUUGAACCUCCUCACUGACAUCCCCCUGAAUCUUCUAAAGAAACCUUGUCAAACCUUCAAAACCUCCAAAAGAAAUUUCUAGACCUCAGUCAGAGAGGAUGUUCUGACCUCCUAAAGGACUGAGUGUGUGUUUGUGUAAAAGAACAGUCGUGAAAUUGGAAGCAGUGAUGAGUGGUGAACAAAAGAGAGAAGUUUUCAACCAGAGGAAGAAAAACACGACGUUUUACUGCUGCAUCAGCACGACGACUGACUGACUGACUGAAGCCUCAGGCUUUGCCUCUGUGGAUUUCUAUUAAUGUGUGAAUACAAAAAAACAUCCUCACGCUCACACACCCUCAGGCUCUGUGUGUGUGUGUGUGUGUGUGUUGAGACGUCUUUUACAAAGCGACUUAAGCUGCUGUCACACACCCACCGAGCUGCUGCUGAUUCAGCAGAACAGGAAUCUCCUUUUCCCUCUGGAGAUGUUUGUUCCUUUCCUCUUAUAUUUCUGAGCUUCCAUCCACAGAAAAAACUAGAUUAUUCCCAAAUUUGAGAGUUUGAGGGGGGAAGGAUUCAAGUGAGACACCAGUGUUGUGUUGUACUCUAAAAUUAGCUCUGGUCCUUGAACGGGUUCAGUUCAGGAUUCUUGAAACCUUGAUGCUUCCAAUGAACCAGCCUGCAUUUCCACCAGUGUCCAGGCCGUUUCAGAGAGGAGGUGGGAAUAUUGUUUAUUUAAAUUCCUGAUUUUCAGCUUUUCGUUUUGCAGAUUAACACAAGCAGCAGAUGAAACAGGAUGCUGUUCGACCACACGACAUGAGAAGGUGGUUUUCAGCCCGACUGCUGCUUCGUGAUGUAGUAACAUCGUCUUCUGCUCUGCACCAUCCUCACUAACCUCUUAGCAAAGCCUCCGUUGUUUUGUCUUUGUUGUAGAGUCGACAGGAGAGAACAGGAUGAUGUGAGUUGAGUUCAUCUAUAGACAUUGUGGUUUCGAGGUUCAUGUCUUAGACCAGGCAGGACUCUUUUGUGGAGAGCAACGUUUUAAAAAGCACCAGUGUGGAUGGAAAACUUUGUGGCCUUGUCAUCUUUUCACAGCAUCUUUGCAGUGACCGAUGUGACUGGUGUAAGCAAUUAAAACUCUUUUCUUCA